AUGCCUGUUUCCGGGUUGUUUGGCCGCACCUCGGAGACACACAUUACGAACAACACGGCCUAUAACAUCUUUGCGAAUGUCAAAAUGCUCUCCAAGAUUGAUGUAUUUCUCGACCUCGGAAAAAACAUAUUCUUUCUCGGCAAGAAGGACUUCACGGCGCCUGCUGACUUCAGCAAAAUCGUACCUCGUCAGACGCAUAAAUUCACUCCUGAUGGAAGUGGCAAGAGAAUCAUGGAAGUGUGCACCGCCUACCUCAGCAUCUACAUUCAAAUGCCGAGUGAUUAUCAGAUAAGUGCUUCGGAGCGUGAAACAUUCUGCCUCCCCGCCAUCGUAAUCUCUUUUGUUUCGCAUUUCAGAUGGAGACCGGCAACUGUGUUGCGAGAACCAUCCCUUCAAGGAGAAUCGCAGUUUCACGGUCAAUCC